AAAUUUAAGGUCCAAUCGGUUGUUUUUAAUUAUAGACAAGAAAUGUCCCAAACGAAAAUUAUAGUCAAUUCAUGUUAUUUGACAGCUCUAGUGCCGAUAACGAGGAGGAGCUCAAAAAGCUCGACGAGAAGAUUGCAUAUGCAGAAGAAAAUUUGGGUGAAAGUGAAGUCCAUGAAGCUCAUCUUGCUAAGGCUCUGUAUUUCAUCAGGAUUAGUGAUAAGGAGAAAGCCCUGGAGCAGCUAUUACUCACUGAAGGAAAAACUAUUUCUGUUAGUCAAAAAAUGGAUUUAGUAUUCUAUACAUUGCAGCUUGCUUUCUUCUACAUGGACUUUGAUCUGGUAUCAAAGAACAUUGACAAAGCAAAAAAAUUGUUUGAAGAGGGUGGUGACUGGGAGAGGAAAAAUCGACUAAAGGUCUAUGAAGGCUUGUACUGCAUGGCCACCAGAAACUUCAAUAAGGCUGCCAGCUUAUUUCUAGAUUCUAUAUCAACCUUCACAACAUAUGAAAUUUUUCCAUAUGAGACCUUAAUAUUCUACACCGUCCUGACAAGCAUCAUAACUUUGGACAGAGUUUCUCUUAAGCAAAAGGUCGUUGAUGCACCUGAGAUCUUAACCGUGCUUGGAAAGAUUCCGUUCCUUUCUGAGUUUCUGAACUCCUGGUAUGAGUGCCAGUACAAGGCGUUUUUCUCAGCAUUUGCUGGAAUGGCGGAGCAGAUAAAGCUUGACCGUUACCUGUACCCGCAUUUCCGGUUCUACAUGAGGGAAGUCAGAACGGUGGUGUACUCCCAGUUUUUGGAAUCUUACAAGAGUGUGACAGUUGAAGCGAUGGCAAAAGCCUUUGGCGUUUCCGUGGAUUUCAUUGAUCAGGAGCUGUCACGCUUCAUUGCUGCUGGGAAGCUUCACUGCAAGAUAGACAAGGUUGCAGGUGUUGUGGAGACUAACCGUCCUGAUGCAAAGAAUACACUUUACCAGGCAUCAAUCAAGCAAGGGGAUUUCUUGCUAAACCGGAUCCAGAAGCUGUCUCGUGUGAUCGAUCUGAGAAUACCUCAGUGGCAGCCUCGGAGAAGACAUCAGAGGCAUCUUCGGAGAAGACUGUCCAUGCUCACUCAUCUUCAGCUUUUCUUCUGCCUCCUUGUCGAACUCAUCCUCCCUGUGCCUUCUCUCAGUUUCUGCCCUGCAGAGUAUAUUUUACAUAGUCUGAGGCUAUAUAAUCCUUGCUUGCUCUCGAUGCAGAUUUACUUUGACAAAGUCACGGAGUGGGCUUUGACUCAAUCUGGCUCCACCCUCUUUAGACAAGCACUCGCCAGCUUGGAAACUGACCCUGGACUCCACCCAUUACUUCCUUUUUCACUUCUUUCAUCGCUGAAGAGGACUCUUAGGAUGCUCGAUUUACACUAUAAAGAAUGCUACUUUAUCAUCUGUCUUAUCGUCUUCAUAAAUUUUGUGCCUUGUUACAGCGAUGAGAGACUGUUUGAUGGAAAAAGUUUAUAUGCUGGGAAGGAACUAUGGAAGGAGACUCUGCCAUUGAAAUCUGGAUCUCGAGUUUACAAAUUACAAGGGCUGAAGUCAAAUUCUUGGUAUGAAGUCAAGAUAUCGUACCCAGCUUCUAUACCGGCUUUGUUUACGCUGCAACUACUAAAGAACGGUGUAAUGGGUUUGAAGCUUAACCAUAUGAGGAGAUUGCUAAACACUGAGAAGUUGAUCUUCAAAACGGAAAGUCUUGAAGAAGUUGAUAACAAGGACGGAUUGUAUGUUUUGGUGACUGUGGAACCUGAAGGAAUCGUGACUAUACCAAAUUCCAAAGAACGGGCGUCUAUCAUUUAUAACAUAGUUUGUGAAGAACAGCUCUUAGGCAUCCCUUACUCAAGCUGGUCAGUGGUGGUUUUAGUAGUGUUGUGUCUCGUGGUCGCGUUGAUUCUUCCCCGGUUUCUCCCAUCUUAUCUUCUAAUCAAAGAUGUAGAUCGUGAUCGAAAGACUUCAAUACUUUGCCUCACCCGAGGGAGGCAUGAUCUCUACAAUUACAAUCAGAAGGAAAGAAGGAGCAUUCUUGAGGUGCUAGAGGAUUUUCAUUCCGUACAAAUCCCAUUUGAGUGGCUAGUACAGUUAGUCCCACCGCUAAAACCAAGAGCUUUUUCGAUAUCAUCGUCUCCUUUGGCCCACCCUGCUCAAGUACAUUUGACCGUAAGCAGAGUAUCAUGGAUCACGCCUUAUGAGAGAACUCAAAAAGGUCUGUGCUCCUCUUGGCUUGCAAGCCUCACACCUGAACAAGAGGUAAACAUACCGUUUUGGUUUCACAAAGGCUCCCUUCCUGCUCCAUCACAGUCGCUUCCGCUCAUCUUAGUGGGACCCGGAACUGGAUGUGUGCCUUUCCGUGGAUUCAUAGCUGAGAGAGCCGUACAAGCUCAGUCUAGCCCGAUUGCGCCUGUCAUUUUCUGCUUUGGUUGCAGAAACAAAGACACAGACUUUCUAUACCGCGACUUUUGGGAGUCUCACACAAGAGGAGAAGGCAUGCUCUCUGAAGGAAAAGACGGUGGCUUUUACACAGCGUUCUCUAGAGACCAACCGAAGAAGACCGGAAACGCUCUUGAUGCGGCGGAGCGUAUUGGUCGCGAAGCAGAACGCCGUGGAUUUCCAGCAUCUAUCGUCUCCACCGACGAAUUCGACGCGAGUUCCUUACCUCAUGAGGAGGCUGUUGUUUUUGUUGUCUCCACUACAGGGCAAGGAGACUCUCCUGAUUCCUUUAAGGCAUUUUGGAGGUUUCUUCUUCAAAGAAAUCUGAGAAACUAUUGGUUGCAACAAGUUCGCUAUGCGGUGUUUGGACUAGGUGAUUCUGGUUACCAGAAGUACAAUACCGGGAUCCGGUUUUGCAGUUAUUCUCAAUCGACGGGUGGUGAAGUGGCGGCGAUGGGAGAAAAGCCAAGGAAGCUGCUUGUGUUGUAUGCUUCUCAAACCGGAAACGCUCUUGAUGCGGCGGAGCGUAUUGGCCGCGAAGCAGAACGCCGUGGUUUUCCAGCAUCUAUAGUCUCCACCGACGAAUUCGACGCUAGUUCCUUACCUCAUGAGGAGGCUGUUGUUUUUGUUGUCUCCACUACAGGGCAAGGAGACUCUCCUGAUUCCUUUAAGGCAUUUUGGAGGUUUCUUCUUCAAAGAAAUCUGGGAAACUAUUGGUUGCAACAAGUUCGCUAUGCGGUGUUUGGACUAGGUGAUUCUGGUUACCAGAAGUACAAUUUUGUAGCAAAGAAGUUAGACAAAAGAUUAUCAGAUCUUGGGGCCACAUCCAUCAUUGAAAAAGGUCUAGGAGAUGAUCAACACCCAUCAGGGUACGAAGGAACUCUUGAUCCGUGGAUGCUGUCUUUGUGGAGUACAUUAUACCAGAUCAAUCCAAAAUACUUUCCUAAAGGUCCAGAUGUGAAGAUUCCUCAAGAUGAAGUAAUUGAUCAGCCUAAAUAUAGGAUUUUAUAUCAUAAGCAGGAGAAAUUGGAGCCUAAAUUAUUGUCAGAUUCAGAUAUCAUACAAAGAGCCCGUGGAAUGUCCCCAGGAAAAUUAUUCAAGGACAAAAGUAAACCAGACUGCUUUCUCAAGAUGACCCGAAAUGAAGUCUUGACUAAAGCUGAAAGCACAAAGGAUGUCCGCCACUUUGAGUUCCAGUUUGUUUCUUCUACUACCGAAUAUGAAGUUGGCGAUGUUGUUGAGCUUCUUCCAAGCCAAAAUCCUUCAGCGGUAGAUGCAUUUAUAGAACGCUGCGAUCUAGACCCAGAAUCAUUCAUCACAGUUGGUCCGACAGAGACAGAGAAUAGUGGUUUCAGUGAAGAAAUUAUUACACAGCUCCCUAUUAAGCUUAAGACUUUUGUUGAAUUAACAAUGGAUGUUACAUCCGCUUCACCUCGACGAUACUUCUUUGAGGUUAUGAGCUUCUAUGCAACAGCUGAACAUGAGAAGGAAAGACUUCAAUACUUUGCCUCACCCGAGGGGCGGGAUGAUCUCUACAAUUACAAUCAGAAGGAAAGAAGGAGCAUUCUUGAGGUGCUAGACGAUUUUCCUUCCGUACAAAUCCCAUUUGAGUGGCUAGUACAGUUAGUCCCACCGCUAAAACCAAGAGCUUUUUCGAUAUCAUCGUCUCCUUUGGCCCACCCUGCUCAAGUACAUUUGACCGUAAGCAUAGUAUCAUGGAUCACGCCUUAUAAGAGAACUCGAAAAGGUCUGUGCUCCUCUUGGCUUGCAAGCCUCACACCUGAACAAGAGGUAAACAUACCGGUUUGGUUUCACAAAGGCUCCCUUCCUGCUCCAUCACAGUCGCUUCCGCUUAUCUUAGUGGGACCCGGAACCGGAUGUGCGCCUUUCCGUGGGUUCAUCGCUGAGAGAGCCGUACAAGCUCAGUCUAGCCUGAUUGCGCCCGUCAUGUUCUUCUUCGGUUGCAGAAACAAAGACACAGACUUUCUAUACCGCGACUUCUGGGAGUCUCACGCAAGAGAAGGAGGCAUGCUCUCUGAAGGAAAAGGCGGUGGCUUUUACACAGCGUUCUCUAGAGACCAACCGAAGAAGGUUUACGUGCAACAUAAGAUCCGCGAAAUGAGCAAGAAAGUUUGGGAUUUACUUUGUGAUGGAGCCGCUGUUUACGUGGCGGGCUCAUCGACGAAAAUGCCUUGUGAUGUGAUGUCGGCUUUGGAGGACAUUGUGUCGGAGGAGACAGGAGGAUCAAAGGAGGUAGCUUCACGGUGGCUCAAGGCUCUGGAGAAGACAGGGAGGUACAAUGUUGAAGCUUGGUCUUAACUCUAACUCUAACUUCAUAUGUAAUCUUUAAUCCAUAUAUGAAGCUAAGAAGCUUUGGUUAUUGUUGUCACACUAAUUUUUAUUUUAUUUUGAUAAUUCAUAAAAUAACAAAUUAACU